UGAAGGGCUGUCGAGGGGAGGGGGGGGCUGAAGAAGAGGAGCUGUCAAAAAGGUAUUCCCGAGUCCCAGUCAAACAGCGGAGGGCUGAGGCUCGGUAUCCCUCCCCCUAACGUUAUUUCGAGGACACACAAGGCCCGGGGCCUCGGUGCAGUUGGCUCUUCGUCUCCCUGGUAGUAGCUGGACCCUGAUCGGCUUCUCCUGUCCCAGCUCCGCGGCCCUCUGGAGGUCCGGCGGCGGUGUCGGGUGUUGAAGGCGGCCCGGGGAGCGGCGGCGUCAGCGGAGACGGGAAGAAGAUGUUCAAGAUGAAGUCGGCCCGCUGCCACGACUGACGCCCCAGUGCGCUGAACAGAACGAGCAGUCCUGACCCGGCAACAUACGAAUGGCCCAGGGAAGCCACCAGAUUGACAUUCAGGUUUUGCAUGACCUGCGCCAGAAGUUCCCUGAAGUACCAGAGGGUGUUGUCUCCCAGUGUGUUCUGCAGAACAACAACAAUUUAGACGCCUGCUGUGAAUACUUGUCCCAGGUCAGUCCGGGUUACCUGUACAGCGAAGAAGGAAACCUCAGCUUCUCUGACGACCCCAGCUUCAUUCGGCUCCGUAAUCACAUGACCCAGCUGAACCUGGGCCUGCAGUCUCAGAAUGUGCACGUGGCCCCGGCGCGGGACGGCCUGAGAAUGAACGGCAGCCGGACUCUGGCCCACAGCCUGAGCGACGGGCCCCUCCAGACGAGCCAGGCCCCCAACAGUGACUUCUUUCAGCAGGAGCCCCAUCCAGCCCCAGUGCAGGUGCCCUCCAGCCUCAAUGUGUUUGGUGUGAUGGAGCCCACACGCAAACCGCAGCCUCCGCAGCACCUUGGACUCUACCCUCUGGGUGUCAAAGGAACGAGCAUGGGCGGCCAGCAGACGCCGCGCUUCAACCCCAUCACCGUGACGCUAGCCCCCAACACAGGCCGCAACACCCCUACUUCUUUGCACAUACACGGCGGGCCUCAGCCGGGCCUAAACAGUCCACAGGGUAACUCUAUCUACAUUAGGCCCUACGUAAGCCAGUCCGGUACGACCCGGCAGAACCAGCAGCAGGGAGGCAGGGCCCAGUACAGUCCCACCUCCCAGCCCCAGCAGCAGAUCUACCAGAUCUCUCACCCCUCUCCUGGCUCCUGGUCAGGCCCUCCGCACGCCUCCUCCUCCUCUUCCUCCUCCUCCUCACAUACCUCACAGCACCAGACCCAGGGCCACCAGACCUCUCACGUCUACAUGCCAAUCAGCUCCCCCACAAACCCCCAGGCCCCCUCCAUCCUCCCGACCGGAAGCCAGGCCUCUUCCUCCGGCGUCUCCUCAUGCUCCUCUUCCUCCUCUGCCUCCUCCGUCAUGCCCACCUCCCUGUCCACCAUCAGCCAGUACAACAUCCAGAACAUCUCCACCGGCCCCCGGAAGAAUCAGAUAGAGAUCAAACUUGAAUCUCCUCAGAGGAGCAACUCCGCGACAGCCGUGCUGCGGACGAGCAGCGGGCCCCGUUCCUCCUCCACUCCGUCCUCCUGCCCUUCCUCCUCCUCGUCUUCGACCGGGGUGGCCACUGUCCCCACCACCCCUCUCUCCAUCGGAGGCCCGGGUCUGAGCCGCAGCCAGCCCACUGUUUACAUCUCUGCCAGCCCGCCUACUGCUGCUAUCACCCCCUCUGAGGAGGCUGUCGUGGCCUCAGCCGGCUCCCGCUCCCAGCCCAAGUUUUACAUUUCUGCCAAUGCCUCCGGCGACGACAGUGGGGGUCGGAACCCUCCCACAGUCUACAUCUCAGCCAACCCUCCCUUGCAGGGGCCCACGGGGGGCAGGAACAUGGGGGGUCAAGUGAGCAUGGGCCCCGCCUAUAUCCACCACCACCCACCUAAGUCCCGUGCCUCUGUGGGAGGGGGAGGCACGGCUUCUUCUCCGCGUGUGGUGGUGACUCAGCCCAACACCAAAUACACUUUUAAAAUCACAGUGUCCCCCAAUAAGCCCCCGGCGGUGUCCCCCGGAGUCGUGUCCCCUACUUUUGAGCCCAACAAUCUCCUCAGCCUACCGCAAGACCACCACUUCGCGGAGCCGGACCCCCUCCAUCUCUCAGACCCACUGUCGCCACACAGGGAGAGGCCGAGUGAACCUCGCCGACUCAGCAUGGGCUCUGAUGAUGCAGCUUACACACAAGCGUUGUUGGUGCAUCAGAAGGCCCGCAUGGAGAGGCUGUGGCACGAGCUGGAGCUGAAGAAGAAAAAGCUGGAGAAGCUAAAAGAGGAGGUCAACGAGAUGGAGAACGACCUGACCAGGAGACGGCUGGAGAGAUCCAACUCUGCCUCCCAAAUUCCUUCUAUCGAGGAGAUGAAGCAGCUGCGAUGCAAAAACAGGUUACUGCAGAUCGACAUCGACUGUCUCACCAAAGAAAUCGAUCUCCUUCAAACAAGAGGACCACACUUUAAUCCCAGUGCAAUCCAUAAUUUCUAUGACAACAUUGGAUUCCUUGGUCCUGUCCCACCCAAACCCAAAGGUACUUUAUCUAUUGACUCGGGCAGUAAGAGCGUGAAGCCCAUAGCAGACCAGGAAGAGGACGAGGGGACGCAGUGGAGCUGCACGGCCUGCACCUUCCUCAACCACCCCGCCCUCAACCGCUGUGAACAGUGCGAGUUCCCGCGGCACUUCUGAGCCAGCCAGGCUGCAACGCGCCAACCCCACCACCCCCACACUCCCCCUCCUCCUCAUCUGCCCGCCCGUCUUCUACCACACUAGAAUCAAAAAAAAAAAAAAAGAAGAAGAAGAAGGGCCCUCUCUGUUUUCUUCUAGGCCCUGGUUGUAUGAAAACUCUUGACGGGCUGUAAUCAUCGGUUUUUUUUUGUUUUUUUUCUUCCUCCCCCCUCCUUCCAUCUCUCUAAGGUUUGGAGAAUGCUGUCCACUGAAGGCUCGACUGGAUGGUGUUUACAGCUUUUGUGUUUCUUCCUAAAAGGCUGGCAGAGUCGGAUGAUACCUCACCUUAGAGACUCUCUGAUCGGGGGUCACGUCUCGCUGCUCCCACUUACAGUAUUACGAGUGUGGCCCCCACAGUGUGACACACACACACACACACACACACACACACACACAAACACACAACACAGGUGCCAAUGUGCCUUUUGCUGAAUUAAUAUUUAGUUUUUCUUCCUCUGCGGUGGCUUCGACUUGGAGGAGGGGGGGGGGGGGUGGAUUUGGGAACUGUGUCGGGCCACCGCUCCUCCACCUUGAAGGGAAAACUAACAGACUACUCGUGGACUUUUUCAAGUUUGUUUGCUGUUUUUUUUUUUUUUUUUUUUUUUUGUAGAGGAUGUCAAAAAGGGGGAAAGCGGUGGCGAAUGCGGCGCUGCCACUCAAAACGUGCCUCGUGUCCUCCUCCUUCAGUACCCCCCCUCCCCUCCCUUUUUUUUUUCUCUGUCUCUUCAAUCAUGAGUUAAUGAAAAAAAAAGAUUGCAUGCUUUGUGUACAGUACACGGAGGCAGAAAGUCCCCCCUCGAGCUUUUUACUGUACAUAAUUUUAGAAUGUGCCUUUAAAAGCCUUCUUCCUCACACUAUGAAUCACUUAUUUCCUUGUAAGUAUAGCUUUAUAGACUUUAUUAACUUUUUUUUGUGUCUUGUUUUUGUUUCCCUCUUUCGAAACAAAUAAGCAACCAUGCUCCCUUUUUUUUUUUUUUUUAAAGCUUUUUACUUGAUUUCUGCGAGAGUUGAAGCCUUGCAGAAGGAGAGGAGCAGCAGAACAGCAGAAAUGGGGGAAAAAAAUAAGUCAAUAAAUAAAUAAACUGUCGCAGUCAUCAUGAAGCUACGUCUGCCCAGUCCGUUCAUCAUCAUCAUCAUCAUCAUCGCUUGUUGUAAUUGCUGAGUUUCCUGUGUACGAUCUGCAGAUGCAGCAAAAGCAGAAGGCGAUGGAGGAGUUGUUUUUUGUUGUAGUUGUUUGGUUUUUUUUUUUUGGUUUUUUUCUUCCAGGACGCCAAAUAUGUCGGGACUGUCGGGGGGGAAGGGAAGAGGGUAAAAAAAAAGCAAAAAAAAUGACAAACUGCCAUCUUAUCUGACAACUGGAAUGUAGGUUUUAACGUUUGGGGACAACUACACCUCAGUGCAAAGAGACACUCAUUUUCCAGUACAAUCAGGAUGUUUGACGUCAAAGUGAUCCUGGAACAGCUGAUCGGGUUAAAAGUCGAUUGUUUCCGUGUUUCUGUUCACCUGAAUCCUUUUUUCUUUUUUCUUUUUUUCCGCAGGUACCAAAGAUCAAAGUGAAUCUGUUUCUGUCUAAAGUUGUUCCUAUGUAGAAAUAUUCCUCUGGGUCACAUGCCUUAUAUACAACAGCUCAGAUUUUUUUUUUUUUUUUUUUUUUACAUCUUGGAAGCAGACAAGGCAAAAAACAAAAAAACAACUCGUGUUUUUGUUGGGUUUUUUUUCUCCAAUUGUGUAAGCACAACAUGACUGUCCACUUUGUAUACUCUUAUUUUUAUUUGGCUCAAUUCAUCCUCUUAAGCUUUUAUUGAUGAGGGUGUUUCUAAAGUUUACUUAUCGUCAUUAACUUACCUUAACUGUGGAGUAGUUACUUUUUGUUUUUGUUUUUUUCCACUUUUGUGAAACGUUGCCUUGCAUAAGUGCCUUUUAGAACUAUUGAAUUUGUAUUGAUUGAAUCUAUUCUGCCACAUCCAAAGGGCCAUUUUUAAAAAGCAAAAUCUUGCGUAUCAUUUUAAACCCAUUUACAAGUAGAAGGUGAAUUAUUGUCUCUUAAGCACUUAACACCAUACCUUUUUUUUUUUUUUUUUUUUUUACUUUUUUCCAGCCCAAAAGAAACCAGUUUUCAGCUUUAUCUGCACCUUGGUGUGAAGAGGCAGUUUAUUCAUGUUUUACUAAAUGGAAAAAAAAAUAAUUUGGAUAUCUAAAGUGUUUUUUUGAUUUUAGCUGGGAAAACUGUCUUUGUAACAGAUAAGUUAUUUGUAAAAAUAAUAAAAAUAAAAAAAAAU